AUGAUUAUACAAAAGGCGAGAACAAGUUGGGUUCGUGAAGGUGAUUUAAACACAAAAUACUUUCAUUCUCUGCUGAAAUGUAGAACCAGACGCAAUGCCAUUACUGCUUUAAAAUCUGGUAACAUUAUCUUAGACGACGUCAACUCUAUCAAAUAUGCUUUUAAGGAAUACUUUGCCAAUAUGUUCUCGAAACUUGGUUUGCCUCGUCCUAGAAUGAACUUUGAUGACCUGACCAAACUCUCGCCUACUGAAAGUGCAUAUCUGGAGAAACCUUUUGGUGAUGACGAGGUUCGUUCUGUUGUCUUCAAUUGCAAUGGCAACAAAAGUCCGGGACCCGAUGGCUUUAACUUUGAUUUCUUAAAAUCAUGUUGGGAUUUUGUGGGAACUGAUGUCUCAAACUGUAUCAAGGAGUUCCAUUCCACUACUAUUCUACCUAAAGCCUUGAUAUCUUCCUUUAUUGCUUAA